AUGGAGAAUCCCUUGAGUCUGUUGGGGUCCUCGACUGGCAAUCCUGUCCAAGAUCCCACCAAGGACGAGAUAUUCGAUCCUAAAGUGCAUCUCAAUUAUGUCCCUCCUGUAAAAAAGUUUACGAUGCAAGAUUUGGCCUUAAAACAAAGCGCGACAGCAUCCCCCAUUGCUGGAACGACACCUUUCCCAAUGUUGUCACCGAAAGGUGUCAGAGCUUACCGAAAAGCCCUGUUCCAGCAGGAUUUUAUAAACAAAUAUGCAAGCUCGCCAUUUCCGGGGACUCUAGUUCUCCGUGAUACCGUGAAGCACUCUCAAUUUAUCAGGGAUUUUUGGACACACUCUGAGACAAUGAAGAUUGUUUCUGAGGCAUGUGGUGUACCUUUGGAUGUGAUCAUGCCGACGGAAAUCGGGCAUACAAACAUUCAAGUCGAAGGGACGACUAUUUCAGAGAUGUGCAGUAACCUCAAGGUUGAGCCGUCGGUAGAGAAAUUGGAUUUGACUCCGGAAGAAAGAACUUACGACCCCUUGAAAGACAAAAGCUCUAUCAUCCCCUGGCACUACGACUCUUAUCCAUAUGUGUGUGUGUUGAUGUUGAGUGAGACUGAAGGGAUGGUCGGAGGAGAAACAUACAUAAGAAAGGGAGAUGGCGAAGCACAAAAGGUCAUUUCAGCUCUACCAUCGUGGGCGUAUCGUUCCAAGCUAAAUUGCGUACAGAUUGAGGGCCCUCAAAUUGGCCAUGCAGUGAUGCUCCAGGGAGGCGAGGUCGAACAUUUGGCUGCUCGCGCCAAAGGAGUCAAAGAACGCAUUUCUACCAUCACCUCAUACCGAUCAAAUGUGCCGAAUGUGUACGACUCCAGUUACCUGACUAAUGUUCGACCCUACGCCAACCUCAAAUCUCUAUAUCCAGAAUGGACUCAGUACCGCCUGCGGAAGCUGAGAGACGAGAUUACCCAGUAUCUCACUAAGAGUGAGAAUGAACCGGGCUUAUUCCAACAGGAGGAGGUACAAGACCUCAUUGAUCAGCAGGUUGAGUACUUGCAACGGACCUCUCGACAGAUGGUCUCACCUCAGUAUCAGAAGCAAAUCUUGGAAAAAUACGGUACAGCGGCUUACUAUGAUGUGUCCAGGAUAUGGGAAACCGUUCAAUGUCUAACAGAUUUCGAGAAAACUGCUUCCUUGGUGGAUCGAGAUCGACGAUGGAUGCCGCAGAGUACUUAUUGGGUAGAUCUUCAGAAGUCGAUCGAGACGAUUCGCAUGGGAAAGCCGCUUCGCAGUACAUUUGGAACCCACUUAUGGACCAAAACGAGGAAGUAUUAUAUGGGCGAUGAACUAUUACGACAAGGUCUAAAUGAGAUAUUUUUAGACUGGUUUGGAAGCUCGGGUCUGUGGGAUCUUUAUGUCAGGUGUUCAGCAUAG